AUGCCAAGCACAGAGGUUUCCAACGCAGUCGCUGCACUCAACCCGCUCGUCGGUCGGUUCUCCACUGCUGUUCAGGAUGCAUUGCAAGCCACUCGAACCGCAGCACACGCGUCAAGGACAGCGCCUGCAGAGUGGGAAUCUGAGCUCGCGCGUCUCGCUGCUGAAACCACUGCAGCCAUGCGACCGAUACGAGCGAUCGCGGCGUCCUCAGGCGCACCCACUGCCUCCACCGCCGCCGGCGGGUCCAAGGCAUCGUCUGGGCCGCAGCACGACCUGAUCCUCGCCGGGGCGCUUGCGGCUGUCGGCCGGGCGCUGGACUCGGCGUUGGACCUCGUGGAAACGUGCACCCAAGCCGCUUCAAGACAACAACAACGCGGAGGCCAGAGGCGGACGACCGCCGACCGACACGUAGCACAAGAAGAGGCCGAUGCGGAUGGAAUCCCCGAGAGGGAACUUGGCCAAGACAGCCGGCCUGAUGCCAUUUCAGGUGUCAGUUUACUGCCGUUGCAGAAAUCGUUCAUCGAUCAGCUCCUGCUGACGGUUCGCGUCGCCAUGCAGACCAUUGCAAACAUGUCUGUUGGCAGCUCGGAAACGUCUGCUGUGUGCUGGGACGCCACGUUCCCAAUCCGGCUUGCCCGAGUUGCCGCUCUCGUUCAAUCCAUCACUCCGCAAAGCGAGUCGAUUCUCGCGACCGAAGCGCUCGAGCCAACAGCACGCGAUGCACACUGUAUCGCUCUUGCAAACGUACUGUUCAUGUUUAUGAACACUUGCAUGAAUCUGCGACGACCCGUUCGUCGAUGGUCUGACUUUUGUGACGUCCACCAACGUGCAUCGUCCUUUUCCGGCAAUGUGCUUGCGGCCGACAGUCUCGACGACGCCAACCCUCACGAGCACACUGAGGCUGCUCCAGAGAUCAGCAACACGACCAGUUCGACACGCUCGCUUGUCAUCCAUAUUUCGACCCUUCACUACCUUGUCGGGCUGCUCGAAGCUGGCACCUCCGAGAUUGUGAGUCCGGACACUGCCUCAAGUGCAAGCACGGGAACUACCGCCGAACGGUCAAUCCAUCAUCCCCAGAACUAUGCUAUGCUGCGAGACGCGAUCGAGUCACUUGCAAUCGCUGCUCAAUCCAUGUCUUCCGAGCAAAAAGUGCUGCUGGAGAGCAACACGGGUGUCGUGGCGAGUGCUGUUCGAUUUGGACAAGCGCUCUCACCACGGGUGCUAUCUGCUCAAACCCCCGUCCAUCCCGAACUUGAACCGACACGGCAGGAGUUGCAUCCCCAGUUUGGCCUUCGUUCAUCGAUUGCACGCUUGCUGGCAAAUCUUUGCUACCAGUGUCCCCUCAUCCAAGAUGCACUUCGAGAGUGUGGAGGCCUCACGAUGUGCCUCAACAUGUGCAACAUUGACGACGCCAACCCGCAGCUGCGCGAGUGGGGACUGCUCACUGUGCGGAACGCAUGCGAAGGCAACCUUGCCAAUCAAGAGCUAGUUGGCUCGCUCACCGCGCAAGGGGUGGCUGGUAGCGCCGAAUUGCGCGAAGCCGGUCUCGCUCCCGAGUUGGAUGAUCGUGGUUAUGUUCGCCUGCGACGAGUGUAA